AUGCUGACCAGCUUUAUGGAGGGUCUUCUCUGCUGCCUCACCUCAAAGUCGGCUAACGUUGUGGUUCCUGCAGAAUCCUCCGAGUCUAUUGAUGGCUAUGAGUUUGUUGAGGUCAAACCAGGCCGCGUGCUGCGGGUCCGACACGUCAUCCCCGAGCGGCCACUGGUGGAGGAGCCCACGGGGCCGGGGGGCACCGUCAGCUGCAAACGAAAGAUCACAGUGUACCGUAAUGGGCAGCUUUUCAUUGAGAACUUGGGUGACAGGGCAAGUGCGGAGCUGAAAAACUGCCAGAACGGAGACGCGGAACCGAACAGCCCCGUAGAAGUGGAACUGGCAGACUGCGCAAAGUCCUCGGUGCCUGUCAGCGUCCCCGAAGCCAGGCCUGACUCGGUCCCGGCAGGAGGAGAGGCGCCUGCUGACGGGCAGACUGACCCGCCACAACAAUCCAGGAAGCGCAGGAGGAAGCCCAAGCGCACUGUGGUGAUCGACUGCGAGAGGAAGAUAUCGGCCUGUAAAGGGACCCAUGCAGACGUGGCUCUGUUCUUCAUCCAUGGAGUGGGAGGCUCACUGGACAUCUGGAAGAGCCAGGUGGACUUCUUUUCCAGGCUGGGCUACGAGGUGAUCUCCCCGGACCUGGCGGGUCACGGAGCCAGCUCAGCCCCGCAGAUAGCUGCUGCUUACACCUUCUACGCCCUGGCUGAGGACAUGAGACUCAUCUUCAAAAGAUAUGCGCGCAAAAGAAAUAUUCUCAUAGGACAUUCGUACGGUGUGUCGAUCUGUACCUUCCUGGCCCACGAGUAUCCAGAGCAGAUCCACAAGAUGGUCAUGAUCAACGGAGGUGGUCCCACAGCUCUGGAGCCCAGCCUGUGCUCCAUCUUCAACCUGCCCACCUGUAUGCUCCACUGCCUCUCGCCGCUGCUGGCCUGGAGCUUCCUCAAGGCUGGCUUUGCUCGGCAGGGUGCCAAAGAGAAGCAGCUGCUGAAGGACAACAAUGCCUUUAACGUGUCGUCCUUUGUGCUGCGCGCCAUGAUGAGUGGGCAGUACUGGCCAGAGGGGGAUGAGGUCUACCACGCUGAACUCACUGUGCCCAUUCUGCUGGUUCACGGCAUGCAUGACAAGUUCGUCCCCAUUGAGGAGGACCAGCGCAUGGCGGAGAUCCUCCUGAUGGCCUUCCUGAAGGUCCUGGAGGACGGCAGUCACAUGGUCAUGAUGGAGUGUCCUGAGGCUGUCAACACGCUGCUGCACGAGUUCAUCCUGUGGGAGCCUAUCACCCCUCCACUGCAGAAGAAGGAGUCCAAAACCCGUCCAGAAACCGCCAAAGCCCAGUCUGACAACGCCAAAGCUGCAUCUGACCCUUCAAAUGUGCGACCAGCGACCGCAAGGCCGACCUCGCCAAACAACAACACAGAGGAGAAGCCAAACAGGGCCAAGUAGUUACUAAAGCUUGAGAAUUAAAGCUGAUUCUUGUAACCCCGUAAGAAGGCUGGUCAUGCUCCUCGCAGGUCCCGAUAAUCUGAGCUGGUUUUAGACGGUGAACCUGACGCUAAGCCAAAAGAGCUAGUUCCUCUGCAACGGACGAGCCGGAUCGAAGGUGAGCUGAAGGACAGAGGUACACGGAGGCUGGGGGUCCAUUCUUCUGCUGACAGCCUCCUGUGCUCCAGGUACAUCAGGGAAGAUGGAGCUGUGCCCCGAAGAGGAGGGUGCCUUUUGUUGCCAUGGGAGCAGCCCAACAAAACGCCAUGAAAGCGGACAAAUCAGAAAGUGUUCCCUGCCACAAUGACAUCUAUGGUUAAGAAAGGAUAACACAUGAUGCUGUGGUCUGACUAGCUAAAACGAAACUUUCUCCUUCUCCACUAGCGAUGUCACUGCCCUACGCACUGAAAAGCCAAAACCUUAUGGCUGUAAAACUAGCCUCAUAUAUUUGCCUACCUGACGAAGAUUAUAAAAUUGUGUUGAGCUGGCUACGACAUGUAUUUGUUUUUGUGUGUAUUGCUCAAUUAUUUCAUUACAGGUAGUGAUAUAUUUUUUAUAUUAUUGGUGAUAUAAACCUUACCUCUCAUAGAGGUUUAAAAUGGACACAAAAGAUUGAAAACAUGUCCCAUUUAGAAAUGUAUGUGUAGUAUUUUGGCAAUUGUAAAGGAGAAUAUUGUGUUAAAAUCUUAAGAGGUCAAAAAUUUAUUGGAUUGGGUUCUGUUGAAUGUGACUAUUGAGACUUGUGAAGCUUCUGAAUUCUUGGAAGCAGCAAAUUUACUUUCACUCUUGUCUUUCAAGAAUUCAGAAAAAUGUGUUCAGUCAAGGGUUUCCUUCUAGUAACAGUAGAUUAGCAGAAGAUUGAUUACAAAUCCUUUUUAUAUAACAAAAAAGACUUUGGGGAGGCAUCAAGGAAGUGAGAGUGGAGGGUUUGACAGACAACAAACCAAAAAAACAGUAGCACACUAGAGACAAAUAUGAAGCUUCAAUUCAAUUCAUUUUAUUUUGUAUAGCCCAACAUCGCAAAUUACAAAUUUGCCUCAGAGGGCUUUACAGUCUGUACACAUGCAACAUCCUCUGUCCCGAAACCCUCACAUCGGCACAGGAAAAACUCCCCAAAGCUGUGACUUCAUCCAUUAUAGUAUUAUGUGACCCAAAGUCUGCGAUAGUUGUGAUAUUUACAAAUGUAUCUAACAUAGAAUCAAAAGUU